CUCACAGUGACUUUCAAGCUUCUUUGUGGAGAUUUAACUUUGUCCUUCUCUCUGUCAGAUAAACUGGUUUCUGUUGGCUGCAGAUUAUUAAUAAUGGGGGAAGAGGUGAAUUAUGUAAGCGUGAUGUUUAAAACUAAUGGUGUCUCUACACACAAGUCAGAAAAAUCAAGCCAUACAGAAAUAAUUUAUGAUGAGGUGAAGACACAGGAGAAGGCCCUCGAGACACGUCACAUCAUAACAGACCAGGAAGAGAAGAGAGCUCAGUUUCACACUUCACUUUGUUCGGUUCUGGCAUUUUUGGGAAUUAUCUGCUUCAUCUUGGUGUUGGCCAUCAUCAUCCUCAGUGUCUACUUCACACAUGAGCUGAGGAGACAGUCCAGCAUUUUUACGAAGAAGAAUCUGAAGCUGCAGGCAGUGAAAGCAGCUUUGGAGAGACGAACAGCAGAGCUGUACCAAGAUAGAACCCGACUCAACUGGACCAUUGGAGUCAUCCUCCAGUAUGACAACUUUCCAGUGACUGAACACUGCCCACAGAAAGACUGUAAGCCUUGCCUGGAUGACUGGGUGCUGUUUCAGUCAAACUGUUACCUGUUUACAAAACAUGAGAGUUUUUCUUCAUGGAAAACCUGGGAGCAAAGCCGGGAGUUCUGUAAUAAAAAGAACGCCGAGCUGGUGGUGAUCGACAGCCAGGAGGAGCAGCAAUUCAUAAACAACAACAUGACAAAAUACCAUGUGGAUAAACAGCACGGCUACUGGAUCGGGUUGAAAAAAGACACAAAGGACACGUGGACGUGGGUAGAUGGAAGAAAUGUCUCUUUGACCUACUGGUCGACAGAAGAACCUGGAUACAAGGUCGCCUGUGGUUUAAGUAACCCUCAUAUAAAUCAUUUGUCCAACUGGGUUAAAAAGAGCUGCACCAUGAAGAACCGCUGGAUCUGUGAGACAAGAACGUUGAUCCGACUGGAUUAGGAACCAGAUACUGUACCACAGUUUUUAUUAUUAUUUCAAAUUUAAACUGUUGUUCUGUGUAAUUAUUGUGCCUUUUUAUGAGUGUAAAAUUAUAAUUUACAUAUUUUUCUGUGUUCUGAUUAAUUGGAUGUUAUGGCUGCAUGUUGAGUUCUAAAAAGCACUAAAUACUAUAUUUAAAUUUUUGAGUAAUGAACCAACCAAAUGUGGAGGCAGAAGGUAGCAUGUUUAUGUGUAAAACUAUAUUUUCUGGUGUGUUGUUCUGUUUUUGAACAUGUGUAAGUUAGGAUGAAACCUUCCCAUGUCUUCUGUAUCUGCUCCAUGGGCCAUUUAUAUUUCAUCUGAUCUGAUCUUCUUUACAUGGGCUGAUUGACUGGAACACACCAGACAGGAUCUUAUAGAUUUGUCCUCUGGAUUUACUUCUUUUAAUCAUUUAUCCUACCAGUUUAUACCUGUGUAUAAAUAUUAAACCAAGCAAAAUAUUUGUUAGACGACAGUGAGAAGAUGAACUUAAAAGCAUGCUCCACCAUACUUCUCUGUUUCUGCACACUGGUAAUGUAUUUUACAGUAGGCUCUACAUGUUUUCUCAAUAAAACGCAGCAUCUACGAAGCUAAACGUUGGCUGCUUCUUUAAACUUCUUCAUCAGACUGAUUAAUCCUGAUUAAUCUUUCCUGUUUUAAAAACUAUGCAUGAGGAAGACCUUCUGAUAAAGUAAAGGUUUAUUGGUUCAUAUUUAUGCUGGUUAUCUACCUGGUUGCUCAUUUUACCCUUUGUAUAUUUGUAAAAAUAAACCUAUAAAUUGUCAAAAAGGCA